UUUAUCAAAUUCAAUUCUACACCUUACAGGCCAAGCAACUUCAAUAUAUAUAUAUAUAUAUAUAAAUAGGUAUAUUCGUAUAUCAUCCUCCCUUAUCACAAAAACAUCGAAACAAAAAUGACUUCUGCUCAAACUAACACAUGUGGCAUUUGCUCGGAAAAUUUUCCGGCCGCCGUGCACGGCCAAGGAAUCUUCACCGGCGGCUGCUCCCACUCCUUCCACUUCCUCUGCAUUUCCCCCACCCUCUUCUCCGGCGACCCCUUUUGCCCCAUCUGCCGCCUCCCGUUGACCACCGCCACCGCCGCCGCCCCGGCCAACCCUUUCAAUUUCCGCCGGUUUAUGCCGCGGCCGGUCGAACCCGUCGAGCCCGUUCAUUUCUCCGACGAUGAUCCCCUCCUCGCCGCGGCGUCAGGCGCCGUGCCGCCGGAUGAUGGCCGGAGUUUGGCGGUCACCGGAGUGGCGGAGCGGCCGGCAGUGGCGGCGUCGGAGUCGGUGGCCGAUUUCACGGUUCUUGUCGGGGUCAAGGCCGCGGCAUUUUCCGGUGGCCGGGCGCCGAUCGACCUCGUUACGGUGUUGGACGUGAGCGGGAGCAUGUCGGGUUCGAAGUUGGCGCUUGUUAAGCGCGCGGUCGGGUUUGUUAUUGACCGCUUAGGCCCUUCCGACCGGUUAUCUGUCGUGUCGUUUUCUAGCCGAGCGACGAGGAUGUUGCGGUUGCGGAGGAUGUCCGAGUCGGGACGCGAGGAGGCCAAGAGGGCGGUUAAUUCACUUAUAGCUGACGGCGGGACAAACAUCGUCGACGGCCUUAAAAAGGGCGUUCAGGUUCUCGAAGAAAGGCGGGAAAUGAAUCCGGUCUCGAGCAUCAUCUUCUUAUCCGACGGAAACGACACGUGUAAUCACGGCGGCAUCUUCUUUCCAACAACCUCGGGCAAUCGGAAUCUUCCGGAAUACCUACACUUAUUGCCGGCAUCUAUUCGUCCGAGGAAUAAUAAUGCUUUCGCAUAUAAUGCAGAGUCUAUACAGACAAUUCCGGUCCAUACAUUUGGAUUCGGAUCGGACCACGACCCAAUAGCGAUGCACGCAAUCUCCGACGCAUCGGGCGGGACUUUCUCCUUCAUCGAGUCGUAUGAAGUGGUGCAAGACGCCUUCGCCGGAUGCCUAGGCGGUCUCCUAAGCGUCGUGGCUCGGGAGGUUCGACUCGACAUAAGAUCCGCGUCGCACGGAGUCGAGAUAAAAUCGAUCCCAUCGGGGAGAUACCCGAGCGAAAUCGUCAACGACGGGUCGCAAGGCGUGAUUCGCGUGGGCGACAUGUACGCCGACGAGCACAAGGAGUUCCUAAUCAAUGUCUCCGUCCCGUCAAUUGAAGAAAACGAAAAUGAUACGAUCGUGAAAACGUCGCUUUUGGACGUAUCGUGCUAUUCGAAAGACGUGGUCUCGAACGAAAUGACGCGCGUGGAAGGCGACCUUAUAGAGAUUCGUCGGCCGGCGACAGUGUCCCUAACCGACAUGAUGGUUAAUUUAUCGAUCGACAGACAGAGGAACCGUGUCUUGGCGACGGAGGCGAUCUCGGAGGCGCAACGGAUGGCCGAGACGGGCGAUUUCGAUGGAGCAAGGACGUUGCUCGCCGAUAAACGGAGCGUCGUCUUCGGGUCCGCCGCCGCGCAAGCGGGCGACGGAUUGAGCAUGUGGCUUGAGGCCGAUAUGAAGGAAACCGAGUCGAGGAUGUUGAACCGAUACGUUUAUCAACAAACGGGACGGGCUUAUGCAUUGUCCGGCAUCAGCUCGCAUGGCUCUCAACGAGCCACCAUUCGUGGUGGUGCCGCCACCGCUGCCGCCACUGAGAGUGUUUGCUUCGGCGCGGCAGCGCCGGCAGGGGCGGGUUUUAACGGCUACGCGACGCCGCAAAUGGCGAGUAUGGUGUUGCAAUCGCAGCGACUGAGGAAGAUCGAAGAAGAGAACGGAAUUUCGAAGAAAUAAUUAGAAUUAAAAAUGUAUUUUUUGAAUUUUUGAAAUUUAAUAAAUUAUCGUGGAAUGAUUUAUAGUACCGUGGAAAAUGUUAUGUUUAUGUUCGUGGAUU